AUGGAUCAUACUCUGAACACAUCGAACCUUCCCGAAACAUUCGCGGGUGAUUUGCAGUCGGCAGAACAAACCUAUUUCACGAGCGAACGAGAGCAGAUAUACUCAAGUGACUCUGACAGCGAUGAAGAUGAAUUGGUUGCGGAGGAACCGGACACCAAUAUCGAGUUGGACCCCGAGAUGCAAUGGAGGGAGUGUGAUGUCAAUGAGCGCCAAAAAGUGGAAUCAUUUUUGGCAAAGGGCUGCGGAUGCAGUUUGAAUGUCAGUAACAAUGGAUACUGCAGCAAUAAUUUUUCUCUGGAAAACGUGCUGGAACAUAGACAAAUUUGUCUUGAAAUGGCCAACUCUGAAUUAGACAUGGUGAUACUUGCGCAGUUUGACGCAUGCACCAAAAGAGACGAACUGUCUUUGUCCAGUCGGAAAACAAGACAAAGGAGAAGGAUGCGAACAAACUUCACUUUUCAAGGUAGGGUGAAAACAAUGUUACGAAUGUAGCUUAUGGAAGAUGAGAGUUUGUAACAACUUCAGUUCAGCUAUGUCUGUCCGCUAAUUUAUUUGAAAAUUGACCGCUUUUAGCCCGUCUUUGCCAGUUAUGGAAUGUUUUUUUGGAAAAAUGCAGUGUCCGUGUUCGUUAAGUUGCCUCUUUUUCAUUCUUUCUCUAGGUUUUCCGAUUUGCAAGGACUUCUUUUUAAUCGUAUAUGGAAUUGGAAAGAAACGCUUGGAAAACCUCCAGAAGCAUUACAAGAAAAACGGAAUUCUUCCUCGUGUUCAUGGCAACAAAGGAAGACUUCCCAUUAGAGUCUGUUCAUUGGAAACCCUAAAACGUGUUGUAUCGUUCCUUGAUAAUUACGCAGAAGAACACGCUGUCGCACUCCCAGGUAGAGUUCCAGGAUUCAAACGUACAGACGUAAGAUUGUUACCAUCAUCCAACACUAAAGCAAGCAUACAUAGAGUAUACGAACAAGCCGCGGCGAGUGCAGGAGUUACUGCUGUCUCAUAUCCCAAAUUUGUAGAAAUGUGGAACAAACUUCGCCCCCAAAUGAGAAUUACGAAGCCUAUGACUGACUUGUGCCACACGUGUCAAAAGAAUAACACAAGUAUUUACCGGUCAGCUAAUUUACCAGAUGAUGAGAAAAGUGAAGUUGUGCGUAAACAAGAAAAGCACCUACUGGACGCAGAACGGGAGAGAAGUUUGUACAAAAAUGCAUGCAAUGAAAGCAAAGACAGCAUUGCCAAAAUACUACACGAGAUUGAUUUUAAUUCAACACGACAGCCCUGUUCAUUUAAUGGUAAAGUGCACUAUUCAUUUGAUUAUGCACAGCAAGUACAUUUACCCUCAAAUCCAAUGCAGCCAGGUCCCAUUUAUUUCAAAGUUCCACGGAAAGUGGGAAUUUUUGGCAUUUGCUGUGAAUCAUUGCCAAGACAAGUUAAUUUUCUUAUUGACGAGGCUGGCAAUAUGGGAAAGGGUGCAAAUGCGACCAUAAGCUAUCUUCACUAUUUUUUUGCAAACCAUGGCUUGGGUGAAACAGAAGUGCUCCUUCACGCAGACAACUGUUGUGGCCAGAACAAAAAUUCGUACGUACUUUGGUAUCUCGCAUGGAGAGUAAUGGUUGGACUUCACCAAUGUUGCACUUAUAGCUUUCUCAUUGUUGGACAUACAAAAUUUGCAUGUGACUGGUGUUUCGGGCUUUUAAAGCAAAGCUUUCGGAAAUCCUUUGUCUCCUCGCUGUACGAAUUAGCAACUGUAGUAGACACAUCAACUGUCAGGGGGGUUAAUGUUACACAGCUGUGCUCUUUGCAUGAUGGUUCAACCAUUGUUCCAGUCUAUGACUGGGUCUCCUUUUUGUCGCCUUAUUUUAAAAAGUUUCCAAACAUCAAGAAAUAUCAUCAUUUUCAAUUCAAGCAAGCAAUGCCAGGUGUUCUAAUGUAUAGGGAGUUUUCAGAUGGAACCGAUGAACGUUUUAGUCUAUUACGUAAAGAAGAUACCCUUCCGCCCAGCAUCCCUCCUGCUCCCUUACAGCCCAAAGGUUUGGAUCAGCAAAGGAAACAAUACCUCUAUACUGAAAUUCGACAGUUUUGCAAAGAAGGCACAGAGGAUCUUAUUGCUCCCAAACCGUAG